AUGGCGGUGCAUGCUGUUCGACUACCGGCGACUCAGAUUCACGGCGGAAUCUCUGCUAAUCUGUCUCAAUCCAAUCGCAAACCAAACGCCGUCUUCCGAUUCAACUGCGAUUAUUCGAAGCGCUGCCGUUACGUAGCUGCCUUGCCGUCACUCCGGGAAGACGAUGAACAUGGUAGAGACAAUUCCGUUAGGUCUAUGGAAUUGAAGAAGAUUCUAGAAGACUCGCCUCUGCUUCCUAAGCCGUUGUCGUCAAGCCAGCUCGCGGAAUCUGAGUCCAAUGGUUCCCGUGUUCGUGUGGCCUAUCAGGGAGUACGUGGUGCGUACAGUGAAUCAGCAGCUCAAAAGGCAUAUCCAAAGUGCGAAGCUGUUCCCUGCGAAGAGUUUGACACUGCAUUUGAGGCGGUCGAGCGGUGGCUUGUGGACCGAGCAGUUUUACCAAUUGAGAACUCUUUGGGUGGAAGCAUCCAUAGAAACUAUGAUCUUCUGCUCCGGCACAAUUUGCAUAUUGUAGGGGAAGUCAAGCUUGCUGUUCGCCAUUGUUUGUUGGCUAAUUACGGUGUAAAUAUUGAAGAUUUGAGAAGGGUGCUUAGCCAUCCACAGGCUCUUGCCCAAUGUGAAAACACAUUAACCAAAUUGGGAUUGGUUAGAGAAGCAGUAGAUGACACUGCUGGUGCUGCAAAGCAAAUUGCAUUCGAAAAAGUAAAUGAUGCAGCAGCAGUUGCCAGCGCUGAAGCUGCAAAGAUAUAUGGGUUGAACAUAGUUGCUGAAGAUAUCCAGGAUGACUGUGAUAAUGUUACAAGGUUUCUAAUGCUAGCAAGGGAACCCAUUAUUCCUGGAACAAACAAACUCUUUAAGACAAGUAUAGUUUUCUCGUUAGAGGAAGGGCCUGGAGUACUUUUCAAAGCACUCGCCGUGUUUGCCCUUAGGCAAAUCAAUCUCACAAAAAUAGAGAGCCGCCCUUUACGGAAACACCCUCUUCGAGCAUCUGGAGGGUUAAAAUACUUUGAUUAUCUUUUCUAUGUGGACUUUGAAGCAUCUAUGGCUGAUGAAGUUGCUCAGAACGCACUUAGGCAUCUAGAGGAGUUUGCUACCUUUUUGCGGGUACUGGGAAGCUACCCAGUGGACACUACAAUGCUCUAA